UUUAUUUUCUUCUUGUAAGUCAAGAUAUAUAUUGUAGAUGGUUGGACGUUAAUACUUUUAAUUACUGAUAAUCUUCAAUAGACUUCAGCAUGUCAAACAAUUAAACGUUUUAUUGAUUUAUUUCAAUCAGCAAAUUUUACUAAUCGAUUUAUUCGAAAACCAUUUUUAUUAUCAAAAAAACAAAAUCAUAUGGAUUAUUUACAUUAGAUAAAUUCAUACGAUUUUGGGCUAUUACUUUUAUAUUAAUUUCAGUCAAUAUAGCUUUAUUUAAAAAAGAAAACCAAGAAAAUAAUCAUUGAAAUUUAAGUCAAACUUCUUAAUUAAUAUUUUAAUUAUUUAGAAAAAAAAUCUUCCACAAUUAGUAAUUUUACUUCUUAUUAGUCCUAUUAGUUAAGCAACAAAAUAUUCAAUGACAAAUUUUAUUUUAAAUAGAUGAAGAAUAAUUCUUUAAUUGAUUUUAUUUUUAUUUUCAGAUAUAGUCUUCCAAAUGAAACUUUUGGUUCACUUGAUAUUUCUUUAAUUAUUGUCAAAAUUCUUCUAGCAUUUUAUGUAACAGAUAUAUAAAUCGCCUAUUAAUUUGACAUUAUCAUUCAUAUUUAUCUCGUUUUUUUUAUCUGUAUUAUAAUUGCAAUAUAUAUAUGUUUAAUAUCAUAUAUUUUAUUUCAAUGAUAUUUUUAUUCAAUAGUUAUUUGUCUUUUUAUAUUAAAUGAAUUUUUACUUAGGGCAAUCCAAAAGUAGUGGGUCCCAUUUUCUUGUUUCUCUAUAGAAAGCUCUAAGAAGUUUUCUGUCUUGAUGUAAUGAUAGAGAAAACGAUGCUCUAUUUUUCUAUGCUAUUUGAUCAGUAUUUAACUAAUAUCAUAAUAAUAAACUUUCAAUAAGAACUAUUUUGGUGUAAAACUUCACUAACGGGUGAGGCAGAUUAAUAUGCUUUGCAUUUCAAUUUUCAAUCACUUAAUACGUUGUUUUAAAAAAUAAAAUAUACCACAAGAUGCAGCGUGAAAAGCUCUACAAUUUACAAAAGAACAAUUUAUUUUAUAUAUGAAAUAAGAAAAACACUAUUUUUUCGGGUCAGCGAAAACUGGUCGCACAGAAUUUUGGUGUUUUUUGAAAACAGGAAAUACACAAUUAAAAUAAACUUUACUUUGUAGAUUGUAGGGCUUUUCACGCUGCAUCUUGUGAUGUAUUUUAUUUUUCUUAAACAAAACAUAUUAGGCGACAAAAAGAUGCAAUAAGAAAAAAUGAAUUCAUCUUGUACCAAAAAAUAUCAUUUCCGCAUGGUCAAAAAUUGGUCGCUCCAAAUUUUGUUCAUUUUGAAAACAAAAAAGUGCAACUUUAAAAUAAUUGGUCUUCUGCAAAUUGUAGAGCUUCUCACGCUGCAUCUUGUGGUAUACUUUGUCUUUUAAUACAAUCUAUUAAGUGAUUGCAACAUUUAAUAUACCUAACUCGUUAGUGAAGUUUUACACCAAAAAAGUUCCUAUUGAAAUUUUACUAUUAUGAUAUUAGUUCAAUACUGAUCAAAUAGCAUAGAAAAAUAGAGCAUAAUUUUCUCUAUCAUUACAUCAAGAGAGAAAACUUCUUCCAGGUUUUUAUAGAGAAAUAAGAAAAUGGGGCCACUACUUUUGGAUUGCCCUAAGUAUUUUCAUUAUCAGUAUGAAAAACUGAAUAUAUAACAUUAAUUUAAGGGGGAAACAGCGGACUUUUGUACUUCAAGUACUUUGCGCUACUUUGAGUUACUUUGAGUUACUUUAAGCUACUUUAAGCUUACUUCAAGUAGAGUACUUUGAAGUACUUUCCAACUUCAAAUUUACUUUAAGUUACUUUAAGCUACUUUAAGCCUACUUCAAGUCUACUUGAAGUAAAGUACUUUGUCGUACUUUUCUACUUCAAGUCCGCUGUUUCCCCCUUGACGAUCCCAAAGAAGUACAUCAAGAAAUUGUGAAAAACGUAGUUUUCGCCAAGUGUUAGUUCGAUUUAAAUAUAAAAAUAAACAUGUAAAUAUUGAAUAUUUUGUAGAUCAAUAGUGGUUGAUGAAUCGUCAUCGUUAUCCUCAUCUUCAUCUUCAUCGGAUGAAUCAAAUUUAUCUUUAUCAUCCACAAGUGAAAGUGAAGAAUCGAAUUCAAAUUUGAAACGUCGUUCAAUUCGUCGUCUCUCAUCUUCAUCAACAAAUGCGUCAUCAAAAACAACAAAUACUAAAGAACCACUCUAUACACAAAGAAGAGUUAAUCAAUCAGAUUAUCAUGAAGAGAGGGAUUGGUUUUAA